AAAAAGAAUCUUUAUGAGCUUCACUUGUCCUCCUGCUAGGCUGCUAGCUACUGCUGUAAAAAGCAGUGCGAAUGCUCUUCGGAUUAUCAGUGAUUCCAGUCUUCCCCAAGUUCACUCGCACUUUCUCUCUCUACAUAUCAAAUCGAUCUCUCUCUGUAGCAGCUUACGCGACCAUGGCCACCGCCGCCGACUUUGUCAAAGGGAACGUCUUACCAAACGGUGUUGCUGUUAUCACCCUCGAUCGUCCAAAAGCUCUCAACGCCAUGAAUUUAGAUAUGGAUUUAAGGUACAAAAGUUUUCUUGAUGAAUGGGAAACGGACCCAAAGGUGAAAUGUGUUCUGGUUGAGGGCAGCUCAUCACGUGCUUUUUCAGCAGGAAUGGAUAUUAAGGGGGUUGUUGCUGAAAUCCAAAAGGACAAAAACACACCUCUUGUGCAAAAGGUAUUCGCUGCUGAAUAUUCUCUUAUUUGUAAAAUAUUUGAGUACAAAAAGCCAUACAUAAGCUUCAUGGAUGGUGUAACAAUGGGAUUUGGUAUUGGCCUAUCUGGACAUGGUCGCUACAGAAUUAUAACAGAGAAAACUCUUCUUGCUAUGCCAGAGAAUGGAAUUGGUUUGUUUCCAGAUGUUGGGUUUGCUUACAUAGCAGCACAAACUCCAGGAGAAGGAUCAAUUGGUGCAUAUCUUGGAAUCACAGGGAACAGAAUUUCAAGUCCAGCUGAUGCACUUUAUGUAGGUCUUGGGACACAUUUUGUCACAUCUGGAAAUCUGGGCCCACUUAAGGACACUCUGUUGUCAACUACAUUUUCUGAGGAUCCACAUCAUGACAUUGAAGCAAUAUUGGGGAAGUAUAGUAGCAACCCUGAGUCAGAGUCCAAAUUGAAGUCACUUUUGCCUCAUAUAGUUUCAACAUUUGGUGCAAAUAAAUCUGUUAAAGAAAUUACAGAAGAGCUGGAAAAGUAUCAGCAAAAUACUGAUGCAUCAGUUUCACAGUGGGCAACAGAUGCUCUUGUGGGGAUUAAGAAAGGAGCUCCAUUUUCUGUUUUCCUUACACAAACAUAUUUCUCUAGAGUUGCAUCUGCAUGCAGAAACAACCAACAUGAAUUAUCCACAUUAAAUGGUGUUAUGAAAACUGAAUACCGCAUUGCUUUAAGGUCUUCUGUAAGAAGUGAUUUUGCUGAAGGGGUUAGAGCAGUAUUGGUGGAUAAGGAUCAGAAUCCCAAGUGGAAUCCAUCAAGUUUAGAGGAAGUUGAAGCAAGUGAAGUGGAAGCUCUUUUUGAAGCAUUAGGCUCAGAGGCAGAUGAACUUAGUGUUUGAGUCAUUGGGAAUUUGUCUUGGAAAAAUAGCAAGGAGACAUUUAGAUAGCAAUUAGCAUUCUAAGUUCCAAGAUAUUUCAAGUUUAGCUCUUAUUGGUCCUUGAGCCCUUCAAUGUGCAUGUUUUUUGUUAAUGUGCAAUAUGGAUAUAUUUCAUGCAUAAUUUAAGUAUUUGGAUGUGAGGCAAAGAAAAAUAAAUAUAUGAUAUUUUGGGAUCCAAGUAAUAAGAUUUGAACAUA